AUGGAAGAUUUUGUUCCUCAAUUAAAUAGUUUAGUAAAAUACUCAACACCCGUCUUAGUUUCAGUAGCUGGAAAAAACACAGGUAUAGAUAUAUGAUUAUUAUUAUUAAGGUGAUAAAAAGGAUGCAUAUGCUAAACAACAGGUCAGAGCCAAUAGUCCUGGAAGAGUACUAAUUUAAAAAAUAAUGACAGCAAGAGAAAAUGAUAACCUAAGAAAUUUUACAAUAGAAUCUUCCACCUAAAGAAUAUAGAUUAAAAAAUGGGCAAUUAUGGGUAUAAACAGUUUUAUCCACUCCUGCUACAAGAAUUGAGGUUGUAUAAUUAUAGCAGGAAUUAGACAAAAGAUUAUUAUCAAGAGGAGCUAGAGAAACUGGAAUUUGUCCUAUUAGAGAAGAAUUAUAUGAAUAAUGUUUUGAUGAAUUGAUAAGAUAAAUUACAAUAGAUUGUAGUUAAAGGGGAUUGUUAUUAGUGAAGUAUGAAAUUUAGGUUUAUUUUAUUUGAGUACGAAAUGAAUUUCGAAAUCAAUUGAAUUCUUAUAAAACUCUAUAUGAGAGUUCAAUUGCUUAUGGUAUGAGAAAGAUGAUUGAUUCUGAGUCAAAGAAGACAGAUAAAACAAAUAAAAUUAUGUUUAUGGAAAGAGAAUGUCAGGAAUUACAAAAAGGAGUUGAAGAACUUGAAUAAAAAAUAUAAUAUACUAAAAAAGUAGAAACAGAGAAAUUAUAAAAGGUUAGAUAUUUAUAGUAUAUUAGGAAUCUGAAAAUCAUAAAAAUGAAAUUGAAAAAAUAAGAGCAUAUAAUAAUACAUUAAAAGAUGAAUUAGGAAGACUCUUAGAAGGGAGAAGAUGA